AUGCAGGUGGAUUGGUACGUAGGAUAUGAGCAGUUUGUCAAGCGCAAUCUGACUCUGCUCCCCAAUCAACAUUUAGUACAUCAGCACCACCAUCAUCACCACCAACUACACCAGCAGCAGCAGCAGCAGCAGCAACCGCCUCAACAACAGCAGCAACAGGGACCCCAGCCUCCGCCACCACCACCACCACCUCCUCCAGCUUCGUCCCAGCAGCAGCACCAUCAGCAAUCACAGCAGCAGCACCACCAGCAACCUGGCGGUCCACCAUCAUCAGCUCGCCGUCACGUUAUGACAUCUAUGUUCAAUCCACAAGUUAAAAGUGAACCAAUGGGAUUUUACUCAGUGGCUUCAAGUAGAUCAGAGGGCUCAAAUUCACUGGUAAAUUUGUCUGAGGAUCGUGAGGAUUUGUCACAAGAAGAGCGAAUUCAAGCACAAAAUAUGCAUCAGCAACAGCAACAAAAUCAGGGAAAUCAAAAUACACAGGAUGGACCAAUGCGUCAAUCUAGUAGCCAACAAACUACUAAAGAGGGUAGCAGAGCUAAACCACAGCCGUGCAAGGUCUGUGGCAAAGUAUUAUCAUCGGCCUCAUCAUAUUAUGUCCACAUGAAAUUACAUUCUGGUAAUAAACCUUAUCACUGUACUAUUUGUGAGGCGAGUUUCUGCAGAAAACCAUAUCUUGAAGUGCACAUGAGAACUCACACUGGAGAACGUCCAUUUCAAUGUGAAUUAUGUCUAAAGAGAUUUACACAAAAAAGUAGUCUCAAUACACAUAAACGUGUGCACACUGGUGAGAGACCAUAUGCUUGUGAUAUUUGUCAAAAACGUUUCGCUGUUAAAAGCUACGUAACAGCACACCGUUGGAGUCAUGUUGCUGAAAAACCACUGGUUUGUGAUCGUUGUUCACUAACAUUUACAUCUAAAAGCCAAUUUGCUAUUCAUAUUCGUACGCAUACUGCCAGUACAACGUACGAAUGUAAUAUUUGUGGUCGCACAUUUGUACGUGACAGUUAUUUGAUACGGCAUCAGAAUCGAGUACACCGAGAUAUGAGCCAAAAUAAUUCAAAUCAUAAUCCAUCGACUCCACAGAGCAGUGGUGGUGCAACAACACCUGGUACUGGUUUUGAGAGUCCUGUUUGUGAUUUACGUUACAGUGAGGGACCAUCAUCACUUGAUGGAAUCGGCGGUGGUAAAGGUAUAUCUGCUGAAAUAUCAACAUUAGUUAAACAUAAUAGUCUUCAUCUUCCGGUACCACUUUUACAUCCGCAGACUAUCAACUAGUGUUUAAACGGCAGCGUGUCUGAAUCCUUGCCGCUAGCGCAUCAUCAUCAUCAGCAUCACCGUCAUCACCAGGAGCAUCAUCAGCAACACCAGUCACCGGAUAAUGUAACGACAUCUGAUUCUAUUACUAAUUCAUCUUUGAUUCAGACACCAGCAUCGACAUCGACAUCAACAUCAUCAUCAACAGCAGCAGUAACAGCAACAGCAACACCACUAAGUGUCUACCAAACUUGUAUUUCAUCCGGCUCAUCGGAAACUCCUGAGCCACAUCUAUAUCCUCACUAUAUUACUUCCACAGAGCCCCCGAACUCACAUCAUCCGCACCAUCAUCAUUAUCAUCAUCACCAUAAUAAUCAAAUUCAUCAUGGUCAUGGUCAUAUUAAUCGUAGUGGUAUUCCACCACCAGGAAUUCAUCCCGCAUUAUAUUUGUACGCUCAGUACACUAAUACGACUCCUCCUAUUUCUUAUCCUGAUUACAUUCAGCGCAACAAUUUAAGCGGCUAAUUUAUGCUAACAAUUAAACUUUUUAUUAUUAUUAUUA